CUUUUUCUCCUUCCCCCUCUCCCGUUCCAUUUGAACACUCUCCUCGGAUUUACCUCAUCUCAUCUCCUCCUUCGGCCGCCGCUCUUGCUGUGUUCCUCCGCAGAUAGAUCUGGCCAUCUAGAAGGAGAGGCGCGCUCAUGUCGCAGGAACCGGAGCGUGCGGCAAUGGCGGCCGCGUCCGGCGAGCUUCCGCCUGCUGCUAGAAGGGAGAUGAAAGAUCCGGGUUUUGCAGAAUCCUCUCCGGCGGUCCCGGCCAUGGCGGCCGAAGACAGGUGGUCCACGCUUCCGGGCGACCUCGUCCGCCGCAUCGCCGACUCCUUCCUCGACGACAACAACCUCGACUGGUACAUGGACUACCGCGCCGUCUGCACCGGCUGGCUCGCCGCGACCGACGACCCAAGGAGCGAUGCCUCCGACCCCCGCUUUCGCCCGAGCCGGUGGAUCGUCCUCGACGAGGUUUUCCAGAGCGAUGGGAAUCUGCUCCUGUUGAACACCGACACCGGCCGCUUCCUCCGCAAGAAUCUUCCGCAGCUCGGCGAGUACCACCUCGUGGCCACCACUCUCGACGGCUACUUCGUUCUCGCGGAAAAAACCGCUCCUCACGCCGUCUGCGUCCUCAACCCUCUUACCGGCGUCGUGAUCCGUUUCGCGGCGCCCGUGCCCCCCGAUGUUGGAAUCGCUGAUGUCAUUUUCCCCCAAGGCUCUUCGCUCCGGCUCGCCGUGUUCUCCGACUCAUCUCGCAAGGCUUACUCGGCGGCUCCUCACAGUGAAAGUUUCGUCAGAUACAACCAUAAGCAGCCAGCAGCUUACGAUUUCUUCCGGAAGGCGAUCGUGGGUGGUGUCUACGCAAGCUUUUCUGAAGCAUCCGUAGUUCGUGAGAUGAUUAUUUGCUUAGGCAAAUUUCUGCCGGUUAAUCUUUCCCCUGUGACCGAGGUUUUCUCCCUUGAUCUUCCUGGACAUGGGUACGGCAUGCGGUGUUUCCUAGUGGAUUUGCAUGGGCAUAUAUGUAUCGUCAUGAAGAUCUUGAAUCCACAGGGAGUCUUGGCUCUCUUUGCUCUUCAAUAUGACACCGAGACAAGUAAGCUCUGCCUUCUGAAGACCCCAGACAGAUAUGCCAUCUUCAUCGGUGACCACAGGUGCUUCUCCGUCGAUGUUGAUGAGUUCCCAGGAACUGAGCCAGACUGUGUGUACUACACUGAACAUUUGGGUUCAUCCGCUCAUAUCUGCAAGUGCAACAUCAAGGAUAACAAAAUGGAGAGGAUCUCUGGAGCUGCUGAUUUUGUGAAGCAGGACAAGAAGUUUGUCCUGGUCGCUGACCGUCCUUACACCAUCAUCCACCUUCUGGUCAGCUACACCAUCAACAACCCAGAUUCUCAACUGGCCUUGCAACAGAUUCCAUAA